AUGCAUUGUCGGUGGAAAAUGCUUCUAGCAAUCCCACCAAAUUCACAAUCUUUUCCAAUUGAAAUCAAGCGCGAGACUUUCAAUACCCAUCAAAGUCGGCUUCUUCACUUGCUGACUGACUGUACUGAUUUGUCAAAGCUCAAACAAAUACAUGCACAGGCAAUUCGUAACUUCUCCACCCACAAAUCCUCUCUCUUUCUCUACAGCCGAAUUCUCCACGUUUCGUCUUUAAUUGAUUUUGAUUAUGCCUGCCGUGUUUUUAAUCAAAUUGGUAACCCCAAUUCGUUCAUGUGGAACACUCUGAUCGGAGCCUGUGCACGGAGCUUGGACCGGAAAGAGCAGGCGAUUGAAAUCUUUUACAGAAUGUUAGAAGAAGGUUCAGUUGAACCAGAUAAACAUACUUUUCCUUUUCUUCUUAAAGCUUGUGCUUACGUAUUUGCUUUAUCCGAAGGGAGACAGGCGCAUGCUCAUAUUUUUAAACUUGGGUUAGAUUUGGAUGUUUAUGUUGGCAAUAGCUUGAUUCAUUUAUAUGCUUCUUGUGGAUGCUUGAGUAUGGCAUUGAAGGUGUUUGAGAAAAUGCCUCUUAGAAGUUUGGUGUCGUGGAAUGUGAUGAUUGAUGCAUAUGUUCAGUGUGGGCUUUUCGAGAAUGCUCUCAAGCUAUUUUUUGAAAUGCAGAACAGCUUUGAGCCUGAUGGGUAUACAAUGCAGAGUAUAAUUAGUGCUUGUGCUGGUAUUGGAGCUUUAUCUCUGGGGAUGUGGGCUCAUGCUUAUGUGUUGAGGAAGGCCGGUGGCGCUAUGGCGGGUGAUGUUUUGAUCAACUCCUCACUAGUGGAUAUGUACAGCAAGUGUGGUUCUUUAAGAAUGGCUCAGCAGGUCUUCGAGACAAUGCCCAAACAUGACCUAAAUUCAUGGAAUUCUAUGAUUCUAGCGCUCGCCAUGCAUGGACUGGGGGAGGCUGCCUUGCAGUGUUUCUCUCGGCUGGUUGAAAUGGAGAUUUUUUUGCCCAAUUCUGUCACGUUUGUUGGUGUACUUAGUGCUUGUAACCACAGAGGCAUGGUUGCUGACGGCCGGAAAUAUUUUGAUAUGAUGGUUAAUGAGUACAAGAUUGAACCCCGGUUGGAGCACUAUGGAUGCCUUGUUGAUCUUCUAUCUCGCUCUGGUUUUAUUGAUGAAGCUUUGGAGUUGGUGGCAAAUAUGCAUAUAAAGCCAGAUGCAGUGAUUUGGAGGAGUCUUCUUGAUGCUUGCUACAAGCAGAAUGCUGGUGUUGAGUUGAGCGAAAAAGUGGCAUUCAAGAUUCUUCAAUCUGAAAAAACAGUUUCCAGUGGUGUUUAUGUGCUGUUGUCAAGAGUCUAUGCUUCAGCACGCCAGUGGAACGAUGUCGGAAUCAUAAGGAAGGUGAUGACCGAUAUGGGUGUGACAAAAGAGCCUGGCUGCAGUUCGAUAGAAAUUGAUGGUAUUAGCCAUGAGUUUUUUGCAGGAGACACAUCUCACCCCAGGAUAAAAGAGAUCUACGGUGUUAUUGAUUUGAUUGAGGAAAAAUUGGAGAAACAUGGUUACUCACCCGACUGUUCACAGGCAACCAUGGUAGAUGAACCCGAUUACAUCAAACAACAGUCGCUUAAGUUGCAUAGUGAGAGACUUGCCAUUGCUUUUGGGUUACUAAACUUGAAACCUGGUACGCCGGUGCGUAUAUUUAAGAAUCUUAGAGUAUGCAACGACUGCCACCAAGUCACCAAGUUGAUUUCUGAAAUCUUCAACGUAGAGAUUAUCAUGCGAGAUCGUAAUAGGUUUCAUCAUUUUAAGCAUGGAAUGUGUUCCUGCAUGGACUUCUGGUGAUUUCUUUGAAGAUUACAUAUGGAAGGUGGAACCUUUCCGAAAUCCAAAUCGACAGUGCUACCUAAACCCUAAACUCUAAAAGAAAGUCGAGGUUGCAAGAGCCCUAUCUCAUAAAAUGGCAAUUUAAUGAUAAAAAAGCUUCCUAAAUUUGGUUGCAACUACUGAUAUGGAAAACUACAUCAAUUCACCUCUUCCGUGAAUCCCUAAUUAACAAGUAGUUAGAAGAUGCAACAGAGUUGAACAUUUCAGAAGCAGGAAUCAACUUAUAUGCUCUUCCACAUAUGACUUCAAGCUUCCUUUUGUUGUAAUUAUUUGUGUCUGGCCAAAUAAUUGAAGAAUCCCAAUGACGGAGGAGUAGGAUGGGCACCAAUCUCAGACUUGUUUGAGAAUAUAAUUGCCACAAUCUUUUGAUAACAAUGUAUCGGUAUUAUUCGCUGUGGAUUUCAUUAUAAACAUUGUUUUGCAA